AUGGAAGGGAAGAAAAUUCGAUACCAAAGGAAGGUUGUGGGAUUGGCGAUAUUAUUAAUCAAUGACCAACAUGAUGAUAUUAAUCCAAGCACUUUCACAUGUGAUUUCUGCGUUGAGUCAAAGCAUCUGCAAGACUCAUUCAAGGUGAAGGGCUGCAAGGGCAUGUUAGACCCGGAGCACUGCCGUCCGAUUCUCCCGAACCAAAUUUUCGAUCGGUGGGGCAGUGCCUUGUGUGAAGCUGUGGUUAUGGGGUCUAAGACUGACAAGUACUUGUACUGUCCCUUCAAGGAUUGCUCAGCGUUGUUGGUUUAUGAGAAUGGCACCAAACGGGCUCUGUGUGCUGCAGUGUGUCCUCAUUGCAAGAGAGAGUUGUGUCCUAGUUGUAAGGUUCCUUGGCAUACUGAAUUCGAUUGUGCCCAGUUUCAGAAACUAAGUGAUGGUGAUAUGGUCAAGGAGCUUGCCAGAAAACUGAAGUGGCCGAGGUGUCCAAGUUGCAAAUACUAUAUUCAAAAAUCUUCUGGGUGCAACCGCAUGAAAUGCAGGUCGGUUAUGUAG